AUGCGAACAUACUUAUCAAUAUGGGUAGCUGGUGUUUAAGGUCGGAUAGUGAAAUCCAUAAUAAAAUUAUAGUUGAGUUAAUUUUUUAAAAGAGUAAUAAUAUAUUUAAUAUAUAUAUAUAUAUAUAUAUAUAUAUAUAUAUAUAUAUAUAUAUAUAUAUUUGUAUAAAUAAAGAUAUUUGAAUUAGGAAUAAUAGCAAUUCCAGCAUCAUUUGUGAACUCAUCGUUAGAUUAUUUCUACUAGAAAUUAAAUAUAUAAUUUCGUACUAGAUUAACAAACCAUUUUUCGAAUAUAUAUUAUAAAGAUAUGAUAUUUUACUAAUUAACAAACUUAGAUAAUCGUGUAGAAAAUCCAGAUUAGAGAUUAACUAGUGAUAUAGAAAAAUGGUCUAAUUCAUUAUCUAUGAUAUAUUUAAAUGUAACAAAACCAAUAAUAGAUAUAAUUUUAUUUUCUAAAAAACUCUCUGAAAUAUUAGGAGCUAUAGGACCUUUAAGCAUAAUGGGUUGGUAUUUAGUUUCUGGAAUAAUUAUAAAGUAUAUUUCUCCUUCUUUCGGCAAAUAUACAUCUUAAAGUCAAAAACUAUAAGGUGAAUAUCGCUCAGUUUAAACAAAUAUAACACACCAUAGUGAAGAAAUAGCGUUUUAUAAAGGUUAAAAUUGGGAAAAAGAACGUAUUUUAUAAAGUUUUUAAAAAUUAAUAUCCCAUAACACAAUGAUAAUGCACAAAAGGCUUUAUAUGGGUAUUGCGGAUAGUUUAUUAGUCAAAUACGGGGCUGUAAUUUUAGGAUACGCUGUUUUAGGAUUGCCUGUAUUUGGUCCAGAUUCGGUAUAAUAUUUAAAAAAAAUAUAAAGCAAUCCAUCAAAUAUUACUAAAGACUAUGUAAGAAAUUCAUCUCUUUUGAUUAAUUUAGCAAAAGCUAUUGGCCGUUUGGUGAUUUCUUAUAAGGAAAUUUAAACUUUAGCUGGAUAUACGAGUGUAGUUUAUGAAAUUUCAUCAGCUUUAGAAGAUUUAGAUAAUGGAAAAUAUUAAAGAAUUUUAGUUUAAGGAAGUUAGGAUUUAGGAGGCUAUAAUUAUUUGAGUGGAGAUAGUAUGAUUUAAUUUUAAUAAGGAGAAGUUUAGAUAAGUGAAAAUUAUAUAGAAUUAAAAUAAGUUCCAAUUAUUACGCCUAAUGGAGAUAGGCUAGUAAAGCCAAUGAAUAUUAAGAUUGAAAGUGGAAUGAAUGUAGUAAUUUCGGGACCUAAUGGAUGCGGAAAAUCUUCUCUUUUUAGAAUUUUAGGAGGUUUGUGGCCCAUUUUUAAUGGAGUUUUGGUUAGACCCGAUAUGGAUAAGCUGUUUUAUAUUCCAUAGAGACCGUAUCUUCCUAAAGGAAGUCUUAGAGAUUAGAUUAUAUAUCCCCAUAAUAAGCUGUAAAUGUUAAGAAAAAAAGUAAAGGAUAAUGAUAUCCUUAAACUUUUGGAAGUUGUUUAACUUUCAUAUAUUGCAGAUAAAGAAGGAGGAAUUAAUAGAGUUGAAGAUUGGUAAUCUAUUUUGGCUGGAGGAGAAAAAUAAAGAAUUGCGAUGGCUAGAUUAUUUUAUCAUAAUCCACUUUUUGCUAUUUUAGAUGAAUGUACUUCAGCGGUUAGCCUUGAUAUUGAGGCUUUACUUUAUGGUUAUUGUAAAUAGUUAGGAAUUACACUUUUUACAGUUAGCCAUAGAUUGUCUCUUUUUAAAUAUCAUGAUUAUAUCCUUAGAUUUGAUGGAAAAGGAGAAUGGAAAUUCGAAUAGUUUGUAAAAGAAGGAAAUCAUUCGAUUAGUUUUGAUAUUAAUUGA